AUGGACAAACCUUCUAGUCGAACUAGUCCAGAAGAAAUGAAAAUAUUGACUGAACUGUACGAAAAAUUUCAUCCUCAAGAAUUACAUUUUUUGAUUGAAUUAAAUGAAUGUUGGUCCAAGUAUGAUCCAAAUCGAAUUCAAAACAUGACCGCCAUCUUGAGACAAACGUUUGCUUCUGAACACAAGGAAUCAGGUACAGAAUGGAUAAUAACAUAUUUUAAUACCGAAAACUGUAUUCGUCUUUUUCCAGCAAUAACGGUCAAUAUGGCUCUUGUUCAGAGAGAUCAAACAGUUCAUCUAAAUUCAUGUCAAUCAAUAUGUCCAAUUUGUUCAUCAACACUUACAGCUGAAAUGGCAGAUGUUUUAUCUGUUCAAGUUUAUACUCUUAAGGGUAAAGUUUUUUCUGUAGCGUAUAGACAUAUCAACACUACUUUCAAUAUGCAUCCUAUAGUUCACGUCUUUCCAAAUUAUUUUCGACAAGAAAAAAUAAGCACGUUUACAUCAAAAAGUUUACAAAAUGGUGAUAUGGUAUAUUUUGGUGGUAGACAAGUCUUUGAACGAACGUUAAUAGAAAAUUACACCUGUCAAUUAUUAGGUAGAGCUAGUUCAUGGCAGAAAUUUGUUGAUGGACUUAAUUUAGGUGCAUUUAAUUCAAACUUGACUGACACGAAAGUUGAGUGGCGAAAGAAGUUGGCAAUGGCAUUUAUUAAAUAUAAAAUAAUUGAGCUUGACUUAUCUAUUGGUUCACCAGUAGUUUCAAUACCAAGCACAACCUCUGAAUUUGAUGAAUGGAUGUGGAACCAGUUUCCACGUCUUCUUUCAUCAUUUGUUUAUCUAUGGAGUAAUCAUAGGACUUUAAUUGGUGCUUGUGCACCCAAUUGUAGUCAAUGUAUAGACAUAGAUGGACAUCAGAAAUGUCGACGACGUAUUUGCCGUGCCAAACACGUACAUAUUUCAACCGAAGAAUUUACUUCAUUAACUAUUGGAUGUUGCCGAACUCCACUUCUUGGUUCACAUUUUUGUGAUUUGCAUCAAAGCGUACAGGAGAAAAAUGAUAGUUCAUCUGCACCAUCGAAACAAAGAACUAACAAAAGCCGAAGGUUGAUACAGAAAAUAGUGGAGAAAAUAUCGACAACGUGGAUUUGGGGCGACAAAUUGUCGAACAAUAAAAGAACAAUCGGAAAAAUAUAUUGAAAGAUGCAGUCGAUCAUUUGGUAUUCUUGCAGUCGUAACAAACUGUAAAAUUAUUGUUUCGUAUGCAGAAAUCUUUAGAUCGGAAACAUUACGUGAAAUAAUAAGUCUUCUUUGUUCGACAAUUCGAGGUGAGUUAGUUUUAAAAUAUGAAAACCAUAGAAAUUUAAAUGAACACUCAUAGACAUUACAUUAGGUAUUGUGUAGAAUAUUUGCAAAAAGUACAGUAAAUAGUAAGAAAUUUUAUUUGUAGAUAUGAUAUUCUAUGCAAUAUUAUAGCCACUAUAUAAAUCACUUUACCCAAGAGAGAAAAUCGAAUAUAGAUUACAAAUUUUGCCACAUAAUGUUAUUAACCUAAUUAUUUAUUUUCUUCUUAGCAUCUGACUUCAACUUUCCCAAGUGUGGCAUUUAUAAUGAUGGUUGUCAUCUUGUGGAGUUCAUUCGAAACCAUUUUGAUGAAGAUCUACUAUACACUUCGGCAUCAAAACUGCUAUAUGAAACAAGAUUCAGUGUUGAUAAAACCCAUUUUAAAGGGCAUGUGGGAAAAUGGUGCAGAGCUCAUAUGAACCCA